ACUCUGUGCCUAUGUUCUGCUUUAAAAGCGCGUUAGUGUCAGAGGGAAUUUAUUUCUCUCACCACCGUCGCCUCUGUCUGCUCAUGGAUAUCCUGAAUUGAUAUAUUUCUGUAAAGCUGCUCUGGGACACCGUCCACUGUUAAAAGCGUUAUACAAAUAAAACUGGAUUGGAGUUUAAGUCUUCAGUCGGACUUUGAGAAAAGUUUUGCAGCUGCAUCGGUAAGUUCAUUCAUUUAUUUUUUUGCUGAAUUGUUUUGUUAGUAAUAAGUAUUAUUAUUAUUAACAAUAAGUAAUAAGUAAGUAAUAAUAAGUAAUGAAGACUGUUGUUUGUUGUCCUUCCUCACCGCAUGUUAAAUACCUGUUGAGAUGAUGUGUAUUGUAGGUGUGUAAUUUUGAGGAGGAAAAAGAAUGAAGUCGGUUUUAAUGUCUGUGUACCUGUUGCUGCUGCAGUGCCACGCCUUUAUCGUCAGAGAAAUCAUAGUGAAUGAACCCGUCACCUUCCCGUGUACCUGCUCUGGACCUUGUCCGGUGGGUCGGUGGACCCGCUUCAUUCCCGGCAACGCCGUGAUUGCUGAAAGCCGGAUGUGUCGCAGUGAACAGCGUUAUCAGAAAAGAUUUGCAGUACCAGGAGAUCAGAGCAGAGGAGACUUCUCCCUGAAGAUCAGUUCAGUCGCCUACAAUGAUGCCGGCUCCUACAGGUGCAGCUGUAAUGGAGAAUCAGUUACUGAAGUCAAACUGAAAGUUAUUGUUCCGACGGGCGUAAAGGCUUUCGAGGGGGAGAACGUCAUCCUCCCGUGCUACGGAGACACUCGACAAGAUGUUAAAGACGUCAAAUGGAAGAAAGAUGGACAAAAGGUUCUGCUGUACACUCAUGCAACCAGAUCAGUGACUACCGAUGAAGCAUCAGAAAGCAGACUUAUGAUGUCAGUAGAAGGCUUUCUAGACGGUGAUCUCUCUCUUCACAUCGGUUCAGUUCGCCUGUCUGAUGCAGGAGUAUAUCAGUGUCUGAUCCAUGAUGAAUCUCAGGACGGAGAACCACGAGCUGUUUUACUGAAGGUAGAAGGGCUACAAGAGUUAACAACCACCAACAGCGCUGAAGUUACAGUGCGGCCUGUUCUACUAGGAUUGAUCAUCGCUGUAGGAGUCAUCGGACUGACAUUUACAUUGUGAGAAGAUUCAGAGAUGAUCCUCCAAUAAAUCCAGGACUGUAGGAUUUUUAGUUUUUUCCCAUGCAACCCUGCUCUGUUGUCCCAUGUGUUCAUUGUCCUGUGUAUUUAUUGUUCAGUGUAUUUAUUGUCCUGUGUAUGUAUUGUUCAGUGUAUUUAUUGUCCUGCACUUGUCUCGCACUGUUGGGUAUUUGCACUUUAUGUAGUCUUAUGUACUGCUAUGUGUUGCACCAGUGGUCCUGGAGAAAUGGCAUUACUUUCCUACAUAUAUAGAGGAAUAACAAUAAAACCCCACCUGACCCGA